AAAAUUUCCAAGGAAAGCCCCCAAACACACAAAAUAUAUUGCAAGGAGUCAGUCCCAUUUUUCUCCUACAUCUUCCCGAUUCCCUCUCUCUCUGCCCCAAGGUAACCAAUCUUGUUAGUUUCUGUAUCUCCUUCCAGGUUUUCUUUUUGCCAGUAGAAGCAAAUAUAAAGCUAUAUUCUUUACCUUCUGACCUUUUAAAAAUUUUAUAUUAGAAAGAAAAAAUUUUAACUACUUUUUCUGAAGUAUGUAGCACAAGGAGCUAAUAAGUACUCAGCUUGAAUGAACUCACAAGAUGGAGACUUGGAAGAGGAUAGCUAUUUGAUGAGAGGGUAAAAUAAUCUUGCUGGCUCACCACCAGUGGGGCCUCUAUGGAAGCUCCUCAGAGUUAUUAUCUUUUCUCUGGAGCUCUCCUAGACCACUCCCUCUGAUGCAAUAUAUGGGUUUGGACAGAAAGGAGGGUGCUGCACAGCCCGCCCCUUCUGAGCUGUCUGGGCUGGCUCCUCCUAGAACAAUUCAGGCUUCACAGCAAUUCAGACCUCAGCUCCAACAUCUACAUUCUGAAGCAAGGAUGGCUGAGAUGGACAGAAUGCUUCAUUCUGGAAAGAAACGGUGUUCCGGGUCAAGCUGAGUUGGCCAAAUACAGACCCCCUCUACGGUUCUAGAAGAAAUUUUGGCAAGUCUUAUCAUGUGGUUUUUCUACACCUUGAUUCCAUGUUUGCUCGUUGAUGGAGUGGCCAUCCUGCCUGCCCCUCAGAACCUCUCUGUACAAUCAACCAACAUGAAGCAUCUCUUGACGUGGAGCCCAGUGAUGGUGCCUGGAGAAAUAAUAUACUAUUUCGUUGAGUACCAGGGAGAGUAUGAGAGCCUGUACAUGAGCCACGUCUGGAUCCCCAGCAGCUGGUGCUCACCUACCAAAGGUCCUGAGUGUGACAUCACUGAUGACAUCACUGCCACUGUGCCGUACAAUCUCCGUGUCAGGGCCACCCAGGGCUCAGAGACCUCAGCCUGGAGCACUCUGAAGCCUCCCUUCAAUCGAAAUUCAACCAUCCUUACCCCACCUGGGAUGGAUGUCACCAAGGACGGCUUCCAUCUGGUUAUUAAGCUGGAAGACCUGGGGUCCCAGUUUGAGUUCCUUGUGGCUUACUGGAGGAGGGAGCCUGGUGCCAAGGAACAUGUCAAAGUGGUGAGGAGCAGGGGCAUUCCGGUGCACCUGGAAACCAUGGAACCAGGGGCUGCAUACUGUGUGAAGGUCCAGACAUUCGUGAAGGCCAUCGGGAGACACAGCCCUUUCAGCCAGCCAGAAUGUGUCAAGGUGCAAGGAGAGACCCUCCCCCUGGCGCUGGCCCUGUUUGGGUUUGUUGGCUUCAUGCUGAUCCUCGUGGUUGUGCCCCUUUCCAUCUGGAAAAUGGGCCGGCUGCUCCGGCACUCCUGUUGCCCCGUGGUGGUGCUUCCCGACACCUUGAAAAUAACCAAUUCACCCCAGAAGUUAAUCAGCUGCAGGAGGGAAGAGGUGGAAGCCUGUGCCACUGCUAUGCUGUCUUCGGAGGAGCCCUUCAGGACCUGGAUCUAGGCAGGCUUUGGAAGGGCCCAGUUGAAACUGAGAAGCUGGUUGGCAUGGCACAGAAAUAAGGAAGGGAAAGGCUGUGGACCAGUUUUCCUCCAUGGACAAAGGACAAGAAAAGCAAGAAGAGCCUGCUGGGUCCAUGUCUAGAAGCGACUGUCAGAAGCAGAGUGGUUUGGCAGACAGAGCACUGAGUUGGGGUGAGAAGACGUGGCCUCUUAGAACUGGAUCUGUCUGCCAUUCACUGACCGAAUGACCUGGAGAAAGUGACUUGAAAUGGGGGAAUUCACUGUACAACCGUUAAACCACUAUAUAUAUAUAUAUAUAUAUAUAUAUAUAUAUAUAUGUAUAUGUAUAUCCAGCACUUGCAGAGCUUUGGGAAACUGGCAACACUGUACAUUGUGAUUGUUUCACCUUCUCUGCAGAAUAUAACAAGAGUGUAACAAGAAUGAUAAAAACUCUUCACACCGGCUGGCUUGGAGAUCCCACUUUCCUAGAGGAAACCUUGAAGAGGAAAGGAAGGAUGGGCACAACAGUGUUGACUUCGCUUCCAGCCAAAUGCCUGUGCGGAGGUGAAUGGCUCAGCCAGCUCUACAAUACAUGACCUAGAGGGAGGCCCCAGGCCCAUGGAAAAUGGGAUGCUGUGGAUUCAUGAGAUACUGUAAAGAGUAAAUAAUGUGUGCAUACUAAAGGCAGGUAAAAUGUACGUGUACGAGGAGAGGAGAAUGCAGGAGGAUGUCAAUAAUGUGUGAUGUUUGCUGUGUUCCCUUUACCUGUAGAGUUGUUAAAGUAUAGAAUUAAAAAUAAAAAAAGGGUUACCUUGGUAAUCUUUUUGGCUUCUUACAAAAAAGUGGUCUUUGGGGUUCUAGUUACAUUAUCGACCUUGUGUCCAGAGAGGCUCCUGAAGACCACCGUUGGUCAGGAGUUGUGGGGGUGACCUCAGGUAGGGGAUGGGACAGGGAAGGAGAGCAGGCAGCUUCUGGCUUCAUGAGAACCCUGACUGAUGCAGCCGGCCACAGCUUUACCUGGUCAGGGUGAUCCUGGAUCUUCCUGGAGGCCUUGCUCUACAGGAAAUCCCUUUGGGUACCUCUCCUGCCUAAGACAGCUUCACUCAAGGUGUCCUCAGCCCCUUCCAGCAUGUUCAUCCAUGACUCACCUCUGGAAGCCUCUUCCUGCCCUUCUCCCUACCAGGUGAGGAAAAGAGUCAGGGUUAGAGAAGGAAUAAAGAGGGAAGUUUCUUGAGAAGUAAAAGGUUUGAUGGGCAAGACCUGUGCCUCCCUUCUUAGCCCCCACACCCUCCCAGCUUUGGAGCCUCAGAGCUGGUUUGUCUCCAUGCCAAAUUCUUGGGCGCCUUCCAGCCAGCCCAGAGGUGGGGAAAAUCUAACUGUUUCAACCAGAUAGCUUCCCCUACAAGAUAGAGGCCUACAACCCCCUCUCCACCCGAUGGGGUCUCAAGUAGCCAGAGGUGGACUCUCCAGAAAGAUGACAUUACAGAAGAUCUUUUCCUUUGUACCAUUUAUAUGCUUCUGUGUUGUUUGACUCUUUCAUGAAGAGUAUGUGUUGAUUUUAUAUUUAGCCUAAAUUGGAGACAUAUUUUCAGUUUGUAAAAAUAAAGGCCAUCUUACUCUAUUGGUCA